CUGAAUGCGGUGAUGACGACGUCGAAUCAGACGACAGACGGUGACGUUGCGGAUUUAAAUAGAUUUGUGCCACUUUCGAUCGAAUAAAAACUGAGAAAAAACCGGAUAUUGUUCGUGUGCCAAUUCGAAAGCAAUGCAGAGCGCUAAUGUCACAUACUAACAUACAUUCGGCUAAAAAUUCUAAGCUGAAAUCUUCUUCGCUUCGUUCCCAGUGUCUGUGUGUGUGUGUGUGUAGUGCAGAUGGCAAUUUUGCUGGUCCAUCUUCGGCGCCUCAUUCUGCUGAUGAGCAUCGUCUAUCUGAGCGGCACAGUGAUGCGUCGCCUGCUGAGCGAAUCGCGGCACAAUUACCUGCAGCACAUCAAUGGCAAGACGUUCGCCGCCCGGCAUCUGCACUUCCAGGCCUGGGCCUAUAUUUACACCGCCUAUGCCUAUGUGGUCUUGGUUAACUAUGUGAGCGUGAGGCGUCUCACCAAUUUGUUGGAAUUCUUUCUCACCUGAUGAAAACUAUGCGGCCGUUGUGAAUUUGAAAGAGAUUUCAAAAAGUGAGGUGUUAUUUUUAUUGAAUUAGUUUUUGUUAUGAUUUUUUAUGGUAGUUUAAUAUAAAAUAUUGGUGCCCUAAUUGGUUAAUAAAAAUAAUCUGCAUAAC